GGGGCUUGGCCCGGUGCGUGCGGGCGCGCGCGCGUGCAGCCCGUUAAUAGGCGGAGCUGCCGGAGCCCGUGCCCGCGCCGCUGCUAACAUGGUGCUUGACACGAUCGCUCGGAUCAUCAAAGUCCAGCUGCCCGCCUACCUGAAGCGGAUUCCCAUCCCCGAGACUCUGGGUGGGUUCGCCCGGCUGACAGUUGCAGAAUGGCUGCGAUUGCUGCCAUUUCUUGGAGUUCUGGCACUGCUCGGGUACCUUGCUGUACGACCAUUCAUUCCCCGAAAGAAACAGCAGAAAGACAGCCUGAUUAAUCUAAAGAUCCAGAAAGAAAAUCCCAAAGUUGUGAAUGAAAUCAACAUUGAAGAUCUACAGUUCACCAAGGCAGCAUACUGCAGAUGUUGGCGAUCAAAGACGUUCCCAGUCUGUGACGGGUCUCACAACAAACACAACGAAUUGACGGGUGAUAACGUGGGUCCAUUGAUCAUUAAGAAGAAAGAAGUAUAAUGUUUUUUUAUUCUUUAAUCAUGGCAUAAGAUGUUUUGAGAUGUAAAGAUCAUUUGUAAAGUGUAACCAUGAACUUAACAGUCAGUACAUGUAUCUUUACAGUGAAAUUUGUACAGAUAAAUUGUAAAGCUUUUCUUGUCACUAACAAAUGUCUAAUUUGUCAAUGUACAGUAAGUAAAAUUGGGCAAUCUAUUCUUUAUCAUGAUUAAAAAUGUA